AUGGAAUAUUUGGAAAACGCGAAAUCAUUGGAACUACAAAAUGUUACGAUAAAUGCUGUAAAAGAGGUGCUUCGCGCUUUGGCAGCGAUGGAAGCAAUGUCUCUGAAGUUUAACUCCGAAGAAAAGAAUAUGCUAACAAAAACUCCUUUCCGCAAUCUGCAUAAGCUGUUCUACGGAGAUGAUUUCAUAACUUCCAUGAAAGAUCUUCGAACAUUUUGUGGAGGUAAACUCUCCGAUAAAGUCGCUAAAAUUGAAGAAGUCGUACAAGAUAUGGACCCUGAUUGGAUUGACCAGUUGGCUGAUGAAUUAGGCACCAUUUGA